GCUUUCCAUCUUUAAACAAACAAACGUCCAUCUUUCAACGUUCAAAACAAUAUGACCAUCACACCACUCCCUUCCUAACUUUUUUCUUUACAAGCUUUUCUUAACUUUUUUCUUAAUCACCACUCUCUUUUGCUUUUCUUUUUUUUCAAUUGGUUAAAAAUGUAUCGAGUGAAUAAAUGAGAAAUUUUAGAUUUGAAAUCUGACUCUUAUAUUACUAACUAUGUAUAGAGAUUCGUUUGUCUCUUUUUUUUUUUGUCAGUUCGCUCGAUUUCAUUUUUUAUUUCCUUCAUUUAUUCGAUCUUUUUUUAUGUUUUUUUGAUGUAUUAGUUUCUCAUAAUUAUGAGACAGCAUCAGAUGAAGUUCCAAACUUUGCUAAGAAAUCAAUUUGGGUUACACUGACAUAGUUUUGAGGAUGCUCGCGGUGCGGUGUGGUUUGGUUUAGUUCGUUUUUAUGAAAUAAAAAUUGCAAAUCAAACCAAACCAUGCAGUUUAGAAGAAAAAUGAUUUUGCGGUUUCAGUUUGGAUUAGUUCGAUUUGCGAUUUUACUUUAGGAUUGGUUCGGAUACGAUCACCCUAGUUAACAUUGAGGGAGGGAUAUAUAAGUAAUUUAAAGUUUAAACCAAUGUUUCAAAGACCCCGUCCAGUCCACGCUUCUAUCAUCUUCGUUUCUUCUUCCGCCUUUCUUUGAAACGUGACUUGACUUUCUUCUCCAAAAAACACCUUAAUCUCUCUUUUUUCUCUCUUCUGCAAUUUUCUCUCUUCUUCAAAACUCCACACUAGUUUUCACCUGAAAAUCAUCAUCAUCAUCAUCUUUUUCUUCUUCUUGUUUUGUUCAAGAUGACGACUAUGGGAAGUUUAAUCGGAUUAGUGAACAGAAUCCAACAAGCUUGUACUAAGCUUGGUGACUAUGGCGGUUCCGAUAACAACAACACCUUCUCUUCUUUAUGGGAAGCUCUUCCUUCCGUCGCCGUCCUCGGUGGUCAGAGUUCAGGUAAAUCUUCGGUUUUGGAAAGUAUCGUUGGACGUGACUUUCUUCCUAGAGGAUCAGGGAUUGUGACAAGGCGGCCAUUGGUGUUGCAGCUUCAUAAGAUAGAUGAUGGUGAAAACGAGUAUGCUGAGUUUCUUCAUAGACCGGGGAGAAAGAUAACCGAUUAUGCCAUAGUACGCCAGGAAAUUCAGGACGAAACUGAUAGAAUUACGGGAAAAACAAAGCAAAUAUCUCCUAUUCCAAUUCAUCUUAGCAUUUAUUCUCCAAAAGUUGUCAACCUAACUUUGAUUGAUUUACCGGGGUUGACUAAAGUCGCUGUAGACGGACAGCCUGAGAGUACUGUUCAAGAAAUUGAAGACAUGGUUCGAUCUUAUGUUGAGAAGCCUAAUUGUAUCAUACUGGCUAUAUCUCCAGCCAACCAGGACAUAGCAACUUCCGAUGCUAUCAAACUUUCUAGGGAAGUGGAUCCCUCAGGUGAGAGGACAUUUGGAGUGUUGACAAAGCUGGAUUUGAUGGACAAAGGAACUAAUGCAUUGGAUGUCCUUGAAGGGAGAUCUUAUCGUCUGCAACAUCCUUGGGUUGGUAUAGUAAAUCGAUCUCAAGCAGAUAUCAACAAAAAUGUUGAUAUGAUUGUUGCUAGACGCAAGGAGGUCGAGUAUUUUGAAACCAGUCCGGACUAUGGCCACUUAGCCAGUAAAAUGGGUUCAGAGUACCUUGCAAAACUUCUCUCAGAGCACUUGGAGAAAGUAAUUAAGGCACGUAUACCUAGUAUAACAUCUUUGAUAAACAAAAGCAUCGAAGAACUUGAAUCAGAGAUGGAUCAUCUUGGGAGACCAAUUGCUGUUGAUGCGGGGGCGCAACUAUACACCAUCCUUGAACUUUGCCGCAAAUUUGAGCGGGUAUUCAAAGAGCAUUUAGAUGGAGGGCGGUCAGGAGGAGAUAGAAUAUAUAAUGUCUUUGACAAUCAGCUUCCCGCUGCUUUACGGAAGCUUCCAAUUGACAAACAUCUGUCUCUUCAAAAUGUGAAGAAAGUGGUGUCAGAGGCAGAUGGUUACCAGCCUCACUUAAUUGCCCCAGAGCAAGGUUACCGGCGACUGAUUGAGGGGACUCUCAGUUUCUUUAGAGGCCCAGCCGAAGCUUCAGUCGAUGCUGUUCACUUCGUUUUAAAAGAACUUGUGAGAAAAUCAAUCGGUGAAACUGAGGAACUUAGACGUUUCCCUACUUUUCAAGCCGAACUAGCUGCAGCUUCAAAUGAGGCUCUAGAGAGGUUCCGCGACGAGAGUAAGAAGACAACUAUUCGGCUUGUGGAUAUGGAGUCUACGUAUCUUACUGUGGAUUUCUUCCGGAAACUUCCUCAAGAAAUGGAGAGAGCUGGACCAGCUGGUAAUCCAGCUCAACCUACUAAAUCAGCUCCACCUACUAAUCCAUCUCAACCUACUAAAUCAGCUCAACCUACUGAUCCAUCUAAUCGUGCCGGCUCAAAUGAGGAUCGAUAUGGUGAUGGGCAUUUUAGAAGGAUUGGAUCAAAUGUGUUAUCCUACAUAGGUAUGGUGUCGGAAACACUCAGGAUCACUAUUCCAAAGGCUGUGGUUUAUUGUCAGGUCAGAGAAGCAAAACAAUCAUUGCUAAACUAUUUCUACACACAAAUAGGGAAGAAAGAGGCUAAACAGUUAGCAGAGUUGUUAGACGAAGAUCCUACCGUGAUGGAGAGAAGACAACAAUGUUUUCAAAGGCUUGAACUAUAUAAAGCAGCAAGGGAUGAAAUUGAUUCGGUUUCUUGGGUACGAUGAGCUUGGUUUCUAUUUGACUGUCUUCAGUGUGUUGUAUUAUAUGUAGCCUACAGUUAAUGAUGGUGGUUUGAUACACCUAAAUUUGAUUUUUACAGUUUGUAAGUAUUAUUUUUCUCGAUUUUUGUAUGACCACAUUAUUAGUUGAUUAAUAUUUGAUCAGCAA